GUUAAAAAAACAAAUUUAAAUUUUCAGUAUAUAGCAACAUCUAAAGACUGCUCAAAAAUGUUUGCUUGUCUUAUCUUUAACCUUGCUACUUUCCCACGUUUUAAAUUAAGCGAUAGAGCAGAAAAAAUUUGGAUUAAACGAUUAAAUAAUGAAGACCAUAUAAACUAUCAAAUUUCAAAUGUUUACAAUCCAAAAGUGAGAUUUACAUUUUGCAAUAAAUAUUGGAAUGAUGGUCGUAUUUUUUAUGUUAAAAUUAGAAAAAUGAAGGAGCAGAUUACUGGACAAUAA